UGCAGUACUGUUGUAUAUCUUGAAAUCUGGAUACCUUCGAAAACACAUUACUCGUCUGCACACUCAGCAUCGCAUGCUCAGCCAAAGCACCCUCUAAUCAGCCAGCAUCCCGACGGCUGCCUAACACUGCUGUAACUGCGACUGCGACGAGAAUCCUCAUACAACAACUACCAUCCUCCUGCGCAUCCUCAAUAAUACACAGACCACCAUGGGAAACAUUUGCUCCCGUUCCGCAAACAAACCUGACGACCCCUUCACCCAUCCCGGCCGCUCCCUCGGCUCCUCCGCACCCUCCCAACACCAACAUCACAAUCGUGCCCCCUCCGCCCGCGUUCCCAACAAGCAACAGCCCUUCAAAGCCCCAGGACGGACACUAGGCGGCGGCGAAGAGGAGCCGGGGACAGGCACGGAUGCACGGACUAGAGCGGCUUUGGCGGCGCAGGCACGAGCGGACGCAGUGCAGUCGUCGAAUAAAGGAAAGCUCGGGACGAAAUUGGCAGCGCAGAAAUCGAUGACACAGGCGCAGGCGUUGAAUGAGGCGAGUCAGUCCGAGCGCGCUGCUAGAGAUGCGGAUGGGGUGGCUGAGGCGAGGAGGUGGCAAUGA